AUGGAUGGCCUUGAUAAGCCUGACGGACACUUCUCCAAAGUAUUUUAUAACCCUACUUCUUCUCCCGAAGCCCCUACAUCAGAUGAGACGGUACUGAUAAAGGCAUCGCCAGAUACCAAUUCUCGUAUUUUCGUAUGUCAAGGAAGUGUCUUGCUUGGGAUAGACUUGGAGGCAACCGACGGGAGCCGAUAUGGAUAG